CUCAGUUACACCAACUGUAACGCCUUUCACUUAGUGACUUCUUCAAUCCUUACCAAUCGCUUGACGCGAAGUCCAUUCUUUCAAUAAAAUGCAGUUCACAAAGUCCCUUCUGCUGCUGGCAGCCCUCACCACUGGCUCCCUUGCACACCGCGUGCACGGCCACGCAAGACGCCAGUCACCCUCCUCCUCCGCCACUGUGUCUGCUGUUCCCUCCUCCUCCGGCUCUGCCAGCGGUGGAUCGUGGACCGCCACCCCUGCCAGCGGAUCCUACUCGACUGCCGGAUUUGGCUCUUCCACUGCCAACAGCGGCUCUGACAUUACCUACCAAGGUAAUGUCGGCAACCCCUGGGGUAGCAAUAUCAUUCAGGUGUCGGAGAGCGACGCCUCGAACUACAAGUACGUCGCCGCCAUCUCGGGCCAGAAUACCGAGCCGUGGACGGUUGUCUUCUGGAACAAGUACGGCCCUGACGGCAAGAUGGACGGUUGGUACGGCAACUCCGCCGUAACUUUCACCCUCAACGCUGGCGAGACCAAGUACGUUGCCUUCGACGACGACACAAAUGGUGGCUUCGGUGCUGCUCCCGGUAGCCUCCCCACUGACUCCGACGGUGGAUACGCCUGCACCUGGGGUGAAUUUGAUUUCGGUAGCAACGGAAACUCGGGCUGGUCCGGCUUCGAUGUCUCCGCUAUUAUGGCCCAGAACGCUGGUCUCACUGUCCAGGGCAUGAAGAUGUGCGACGUCCUCGGUGGUACCUGCUCUACUAUCACUACCGGUGCCGCAUCGGUGGACAAUGCUUAUACCACGGCCGAGACUGAUAUUGGUGGUAUCGGUGGUAACCUCUCUGGUGACGGCCCGGUCCGUAUCGCUGUUACUAUCGACUACAGCGGCUAA